CGCCGCCUCCUGCUCAGCACCAUGAAGCAGAUCUGCCUCUGUGCCGCUGCCUCCUUCGCGAGCCAGGACUGGACCAAGAAUGAUGAGAAGCUCCUGCAAGCUGUGGACUACAACGAUGCUGGGAGGGUGACAUCGCUGCUGGUCCGCAAGGGGCUGGUGGCCACCAAGCUGGACUCAGAGGGCAAAUCUGCGUUCCACCUGGCUGCCAUGCGGGGGAACGUGGACUGCCUGGAAGCUAUGCUGGCCCACGGCGUGGAUGCCAUGACCAAGGACAGCUCGGGUUACACUGCCCUGCACCUGGCAUCCAAGCAUGGCCACCCACAGUGUGUCAGCAAACUGCUGCAGGCCUCCUGCCCUGUGGACCUGGCUGACAGCAGUGGCAAAACAGCUCUGCACCACGCAGCGGCCAGCGGCUGCAUCUCCUGCUCGGAGAUCCUCUGUGAUUUCAAGGCUCCCUUGAACAUCAAGGACAAGGAUGGCUUCACGCCGCUGAUCCUUGCUGCCAAGAUGAACCACCCGGAGCUGUGCCGAUACCUGAUGCACCGCGGAGCUGCCGUCAACAGCCGCGACCAGCAGGGGAGGACAGCCUUGAUGCUGGCCUGUGAGAAUGGCAGUGUGGAGACCGUGGAGGUGCUGGUCAGUGGUGGUGCCCGGGUGGCCUUGGUGGACUCCACAGGUCAUGAUGCUGCUCACUACAGCCUGGCCACAGGCAAUGCUCUCAUCCAGCACUUCCUGCAGGAGGCUGCCCAGCGCCGCUCCUGGGCCAGUGAAGAGGAGUCAGUGGAGCAGACGUCCCAGACAUCUUCUCCCAGCCAGUCAUCUGUCAGGGACAAAAGCAGCACCCCGAGGAAGAGGAAGGCUCCUCUGCCUCCCUUGGGCACCUCCAGCCAGGAGGACCGGGACGCCUACGAGGAGAUCGUGAGGCUGCGGCAGGAACGGGCCCAGUUCCUGCAGAAGAUCCGGGGCUUGGAGCAGCAGGAGAAGCAGAGACGAGAGCGAGCAGAGCUGGAUGAGGGCUCCCUGCGCUCCAUGGAGAAGCAGAUCAAGGAGCUGGAGGAACGGCUGGCAGUGAGGGAUGGUGAGAAGGAGAGGCUGGGCAAGGAGGUGGAGGCUCUGAGGAGCCGCUUGUCCUCCCUGGAGAACGAGAAGGAGAACACAAGCUACGACAUUGAGACGCUGCAGGAUGAGGAGGGAGAUCCGCUCGAGUUUCCAGGGGCAGAGCUGCUGCUGUCCAAGAAGACGCUGAGCCCCUCGGCCGAGGAGCUGCUGGCCACGCUGCAGGGCCAGGUGCAGUCCCUCACCGUGCAGAACCAGGAGCUGCGGGAGAAGAUCCAGGUACUGGAGAACUUCGAGCGGGACGAGAGCAACCUGACCGCCCCGGGGGACAUGGUGCCUGCCAGCCUCUACAAGGCUCUGCAGCAGGAGCUGGAGCAGCUGCGGGCACAGUGCUCGGAGCUGCCGCGGGGCACGGGGGUGAGGGAGGAGGCCAGGGGGCAGCAGGAGGAGCAGAGCCGAGCCCCCGAGCAAGCCCUGAAGCAAACCACGGAGGGGAGCAUGGCCAAGGAGCCAGUCAGGAGUGAGGGCAAGGUGGGAGAGCUGCGGGUGCCCAAGACCUCCUCCUCCUCCUGUGAGCGGGAGGCCGGUGUCGAGCUGGUGGAGGCUCGGGCAGCCCUGCAGCAGGCCCAGGCGGCACUGAAGGAGAGGGAGCAGCAGGUGAAGGAGCUGCAGGCCCGUUUGGAGGCUGUGGAGCCGACAGCCUCCCCAGGGGCCUCCCUAGAAGAGAUGUCAAGGGAGAAGGAGGCUCUGCUGGAGCGGUGCAGCCGGGCAGAGGCUGAGGCAGAGGCCCUGCGGCGGGAGCUGGAGGCCAAGGGCAGGGACUGGCGAGUGGCGGGCAGCCCCCAGCCAGAGCCAGGGGCACUGGAGCGGAGGGUGGCAGAGCUGGCACGCCAGCACGAGGAGGCGACGGCCCAGCUGGGGCAGCUGCGGGAGACGCUGUGCCGCAGGGAGGCCGAGUUGGGCGGGCUGCGGGAGCAGCUGGCGGCACGGCCGGUGGCACGGCAGCAGCACGAGGAAGCCCUGGAGCGGCUGCGGCUGGCGCGGGCGCUGCGGGAGCAGGUGGCCAGGCUGGAGGCCGCGGCAGAGGCCAAGGAGUGCGAGGCCGCCCGGCUGGAGGCUGAGCUGGCGUCGGCCGUGCCACGGGCAGAGCACGAGGCGGCGCAGGAGGGGCUGAGGGCCGAGGCGGCGGCACUGGCCCAGCGGCUGAGUGAGCUGUCGAGGCGCCACGAGAAGACCUGCGAGGAGGUGUUCCGCGUCCAGCGCCAGGCGCUCUUCAUGAAGAGCGAGCGGCAGGCGGCCGAGGAGCGGCUGGCAGCUGCCCAGCAGCAGCUGGUGGAGGCGCAGGGCGAGGCGCGCAAGCUGCGGGAGCUCCACGGCCACGCCGAGGACUCGGCACGGCUGGUCAGGGACAGGGACAGGAAGAUCACUGAGCUCUCCAAGGAGGUCUUCAGGCUGAAGGAAGCCCUGAACGCCCUCCCCGAGUCCCGGGGACCAACGCAGUCACCCCCAGACAGUGCUGCACUCCAGGCCAGGAUCUGUGCACUGGAGGAGAAGCUGGUGGAGACAGAGAAGCGGCACAGCAAGGUGGUGACGCUGUACAGGAGCCACCUGCUCUAUGCAGUGCAGUCCCUUCCACCCCAGGGCCACAUGGAUGAGGAUGUGCAGAGGCUCCUCUGCCAGAUCCUGAAGAUGCAGCGGCUGCAGGAGCAGGGCCGGUGA